CGUCUGCCGUAUAAGAAUCGAGUAACCGCCUCGUCAGUCGGAUCUGUUGGAGUUGAAGCUGCAGCUCCUGCUCGUCGGUGAUCUGGCGCUCGUCAAGUUAUUCCCUUAUAUCAACCAAAGCCAGCUUCAUUGCUGUGCGUUCUCUCGCUAUCACGACUCUCACUCUAAUAACCUCUUCCUCCUCUUCUUUCUCCUCCUCUUACUCCUACUAUUACUGUCACCAUCACCACUACUAUCACCACUACUAUCAACACCACUUCUACUACACGCUCUUUAAUAUCCUAUUUCUAAUACCCACCCAACUUCUUCACCAUGGUUCGCUCAUCUCUCGCCGGCCGCCUCCUGGCCGCCGCCCUCCUUCUCGCAACUGGCGUUGCUGCCCAUGCCGAGGGGUGCAGCUGCUCGUCGGACGGCGUCAAGCGCGUGACGUACAUCGUUGUCGAGAUGCCCGAACAGUCCGAGCAAGCGGCGGCGGCGGCGGCGGCGGCGACGACGUUCUCUACUUCGACCCUCACCACGUCCCUGUCGAAGCCGACGGCCACCGGCACUUACGCGGCCCAGGCCGCCCACGUCAUCGAGGACAUCCCGGCCUUCGAGGCGCUCGCCGUCAAGCCCGAGCCCGAGAAGCUGCGUCCGGCCGCCAACGCGACGCACACCUUCGGCCCGUCCACCGCGCCGGGCGUCGACACCAAGGACCCCGUCAACAUCGUCCCGGCCGUCAAUGUCUCGCUGCACUACUCGGCGGCGACCAAGGCAGCCAAGACCGAUACCGCGGACCACGCCGAUGCUGAGACCGAGACCGACGAGGAGCAGCAGCAGCAGCAGGGCUCUAUCGACAUGACGCUCGCCUUCAAGAACCCUGCCGUGGUCCUCGAGCAUGUCGACGCCGUCAGCGCCGUCAUCUGCUCCGACGACGGGCUCACCGUGUCCUUCUCCGACGCCGACGCCUUCCGCGAGGCCGUCAAGGACUGGUCCGAGUCGUCGACGGACGGCGGCUUCGUCCUCAUCACGAACCACCUCGGCAACUGCGACGCCGAGUUCGAGCGCGGCUUCUUCCUCGCCACGGGCCUCACGUCGGACGAAGGAUCGCUGUCCGUCACCGUCGCCGCCUCCCGCGAGGAGCUCGCCAACAUCGCCGGCGAGUGCGAGAUGACCUUCUCCUCCCUGCCCGCCGCGACGCUCUCCAAGCGCCUCACGCUCGGCCCCAGCGUCUCGCUCUCCUUCGCCGAGGCGCUCGCUGACGACACCGUCCUCUUCAGCGACGGGCAGUACGUCAACGUCACAGCCGACGAGGCCUGGUUCAGCUCGACCGUCACCUUCUCGGGCUACCUCAAGUACAACUUCUGGGGCUUCCGCCUCGAGGCCCUCUACUUCGACCUCGACACCACCUUCGACUCGGCCGUCGGCGUCUCGGUCGACGUCGCCGCCGCCUACAGCCACUCGCUCAAGUACGCGCCCGACGAGCUGGCCUACUCCCUCGUCUCCGUCCCGGGCAUCGUCCAGCUCGGCCCGGGCGUCGCCUUCGCCGUCGGCCUCGACUUUGACGUCUCGGCCGCCGUCGGCGUCUCGGCCGGCCUGAGCGUCGCCCUGCCCGCCGCCAACGUCCACCUCGACCUCGUCGACGGCGCCCGGUCCUCGGCGACGGGCUGGGAGCCCAAGUACAGCAGCCACGCCAACAUCACCGAGUCGGCCGACGUGCGCGUCGACGCCUCGGCCGACGUCACCGUCCGCCUGGCCUUUGAGCUGCUCGGCGGCCUCGUCGACCUCAGCGCCGGCAUCACGGCCACGCCGGGCUUCGACAACCGCUUCAAGCUGCGCGGCGAGCAGCACCUGGGCCUGGCCGGGAACUUCACGAGCAAGCCAACCGAGGCCGUCGCCGAGGUGCCCAAGGACGGCCCCGUCUGCGCCGAGAAGAACGGCGUCGAGCUCGCGACCGACUUCUACUUCAACCUCACCGGCUUCGCGACAAAGUGGUGGACCGGCGAGCUGUACAGCACCCGCGUCCCCUUGUGGGAUGUGUGCUACAGCUUCUGAGACUGUGUCUCAUGAAUGGCUUUUUUUUUUGUGUCCUUGGGCAUAGUAAUGACUGUCUGGUUUCUUUCCUUCUUCUUUUUUUGUUCUUCUCAUGAUGUCAGUAUCUUAACGUAUACCUACUUACAUGUACGAUAUCCCUAUUUUGUUCUAUUAGGUGGUUUAUUCCACACCCAAGCGAGCCUCUGCGUCCAUUCUUCUUUCUGCGCACGCUUCUUUUAACGGCUUACAUGCCUGCACAAAUUUACUCCAUGAUCUUCUGCCAAUUCUUUUUUUCUUCUUUUGGGAUUUUUUCUUCCGGGUGCACUCAUUAGGUUUCCCUCAAGGUUUAGACUUGUAACCGUCAAAAU